GACAUCAACAGAGACCUAAGCAGGCCCCAGGGACAGAGUGACAUGCAGCCAAUAUGAUUAUGAUCACAAAGCCCUCUGAGGCGAAGGAGCCGGCAGCUGAAUCAAGUUAUACAGUAACUGUUUGGAGCUGGUGAGAAGAGCCAGAGAAAGAAUGAAUAGGAUGCUUUCAAAGAAUUUACUUUUGGUUCCUGGAGAUGAUCCCCGAGCAAUGGAAGAAACACAGAAAGAAGACAAGCUACCCAUGCAGCUCUCUAGUAGUAGGAAGACUAUCUGCACCCUGGCUCCUCCCACAGACAAUGAGAGCAGCCUGCAGCCUGCCGGAGUGGGUGUGGGCCCAGGAGUAGAUGGCACAAGCUGCACUAGGAUUCUCUCUGUAUCUCCUGAGCAACAACCCAAAGCCCCUCCCACGCCGCCAAAGGUCCUCCAGAAGGAUGACAUCCAAGUCCUGCGCUUGCUGCUGCAUCAGAGGGACCUAGAAAUCCAGGGGCUGAAACGCGCUGCCCAAAAGGAGCCAUCUGCUCGGCUCUCCUUCAUUUUACAGGAGCUAGUGAGCAAGAGGCAGAGAGCGAGUGCAACGUGCAUGAGAUGGUUUGGAAUUGGAGAGAAGUGUAAUGAUUUCUAUAGGUCCGAAACGAAAAGAGACCAGCAAGAGCAUCUUCAAAAGGAAAUAGACAGACUGAGCUCUGAACGGGAGGAGGAAAAGGAGCUCCAUAUGAAGGAGAUGGAGAUCUUGAAGGAGAGACUCUGCAAAUCGGAGCUCUUGGUGCAGCAACUGUACAAAGAGGUUGAGCGACUGGAGAAGUCACUACUUGGGAGUCCUACCCAAGGCAUCGCAGAGCUACAGGAAGUAAAGGUCAUUGUGAAGAAUGAAAUCACAAAACCGGAGAGUUUCGAGCUGUGGUCAGAGAUGAACGGCAUAGCAUCAGAAUCAAGUAACAUGGCGCUGCGCAGGAUCCCCAAGCACACAAGCUUCCUGGAGUCAUUCCUCAAGGAUAAAGAAACAGAACUUGAGAUAGAAAAAGCUGACAGUAAAGCCCAGAUAUCAGAAGUAGUUCAAGAAGAAUUCAACAUCUAUGGUACAUCCUGUGAGGACUCAGAGUCCAGAAAGAGAGUAGAUGAUUUUAACAACUUCACUUCAAGUCAAGAGCUAGCUGGUUUACCGGCAAGAAAAGAGAGGGAACUACAGUCAGUGAACUCUGUCUGGGAUGUGAUCUCUUCUCCAAAACCACAUCUCGUUUUGCCUUCACCAAGAAGGUCUAACGUUGCAAUAUUGCUCCCCAGGUCCCUGUCAUCCUGGGAGAUCAACCAGCCCAAACACUUGAGCAGCUUUGAUCUGAAUACGGGCCAGACCCAGAAUCUGUGCCCUCUCAUUUACACAAGUCUCAAUGGGAUCUACGUGAGCAACACAUCUGCAGUGCCCUCAGAUAUGAGCAAAGACGAAGACUAUGAGAGGGCUUCUGAGGACACAGGAGUUCUAAAAAUCGCCACCGUGAAUCGUAAGUUCAUUCGCAUCCUCAAUACCUCUUUGGAUCAAGAGAUGGACCUGAGCAGCUUCAUCAUCCAGCAGUGGAUUGGAGGGUACCCGGUGUCCAUAUACCGCUUCCCCCUAGACACCACGCUGCCUGCCCUGCACCACAUCACAGUCUGGGCUACAGGAGCUGACCGUGCCCAUAAGCCCCCCAAAGAGGCGACGCUGAGGACCCAGCAGUAUUUCAGAGCAGGCCCCGAAUGCACCACAGUCCUCAGCAAUGCAAAAGGCAAGAUUCUCUCCUGGCACACGGCCCCCCACAGACGCACGGCUGCCGCGGACGCCUAUGUGGAUAAUACGGACCUGUCGGUGGACAAAUUUCCACUCCCCGAGGAAGGGGAGGAAGCAGAAGAACCUCUGCCCCAGAGGGACCCGCAAUGGGUGCCGGCGGCACCAGGCAGAGGGAGCACACGCAGGCCACCGGCUGCGCUCCAGCAGCAGGCAAGGGACAAGCAGCGCCGUCGGGUUCGCGCUUUCAACAGCAAGCGCCUGGGAGACCCUGCAGAGGGCGACAGGAGGAAAAUCCACCAGGCAUCCAGUGAGACCGUUUACAAGACUGUCGUCUUCUCAGCCCAUAACUUGCCUCCCAUCGCAGGAGCAGUCAAGGAGAGAGACUCCUCUUUUUCACUCAGCGAAGAAGAAGAGGAGGAGGAAGAGGAGGAGGAGGAGGAGCAGGAGCCAGAGAAGGAGGAGGAUUUUGCUCCUUGUGGAAAGCAGCCCACAACUGCAGAGCCGAAACCCAGAGUCUUCAAGACAACUCUGAAUACAACAAUUCCUACGGUGGCGCUGAUAGGACAGAAGAGUGCUCGAUCUAAAUAUGGCUUCAAGCACAUGGCUUACCUACCUACCACCACCGACAUACAGCUUAGGAGAUACUGUCCUACUAGAUGAUGCACUGAUUAAUGGGUGACACAAGAAGCUAGCACAGGUUCUUAAAUAAAUGCCAUGCAGGUCCAGUGACUGUGCUGCCACGUGGCUUAUGUCAGCAAGGGGAGAGGAUCUGGUUAGUAAUUGGUGUGGGGGGGGGGGUUGUGAUGAAAGGAUAUGCUGCCCACAAUGGCUGUUAUCACUUGACAUCUCCACAGAGAGCACAGCCAGGACACUGUAGGUAAGCUCACUGUGGAACUUUUGCAGUCAUGAUGCGGCCCAUGGUGUUCUUAAUCUGAAGUAGUAUUAUUGGGGCAGGAUGGAGAGACGGCCUCUAUAACCGACAAAGUUCAGAAAUGGGAGGGAUAGCUCCCACUGAGUCCACAAAGGCAUUCCUAAUUGUCGCUUACUCUGCUCCUGCACAAUGGUCCUGUUAACUUACCAGUCCAUAGACACAAAUAUGAGUCAUCAUUUCUCCCUGCCUGCCAUCACUGGAAUCCAGGGGGAGGCCUGCUGGAUAAUAAACAUAUACAGGCCUGUAUUCUCCUGGAAAAGAUCCCAUGGCCAUUUCCAGAAGUGGCUUCUAACUCUGUGCCCAAUUUGUGUGCACAAGCACAAACUGAGAGAAUGGCUAGGGGCCAUUUGGAGCAGGUGGUCCUAAAUAUCACUUGCUUUUUCCAUAGUUUUUAUAAGCAGCGCAUGAUUUUCACAAGUGUUGAGCAUCUGCAACUCCGAUUGAUUUCACCCAGCACUGUGAGUACCCAGCACUUCUGAAAAUCAGACCCUAACAUUCUUCUCUCUUC